GAGCGAUUUCGUGAGGUCGACGUCAGCGAAUAGGCCACGCCCCUACGCCCUCGACCCACCAAUGGGCGGUCCUUGUGACUGGACGAUGUUCCUCCUUCUGUCUGUCCUGUGCCCUCCGCGAGACCGUUGUCGUGUACCCGCGGGACAAGGACCGGGAAGGGCGCGAGUCGUCGUGGUCCGGCCUGCAGAUGUGCCUUCGUCGGGAGCACUUCCGCAACGGCGUCCUGGUCCUGCGGUGCAUAGCCACGAUCCUCCACGUCUACAACAUUUCCUCCGAGAUCCACAUACCGGACUCCAGCUACAUCCAGAGCGCGCCCAGAGAGGGGGCCUCCACCGCCGGAGCCGGAUCGUCGACCCUCCUCCUUCCCCUCCUCCUGCUGCUCCCCGGCAUGCUGAGGGGAACCUGAUGAUGCUACCCCGCCCCUCACUCUCUUCCGGGCAGCGUCUGCAUGGGCGUGGAGUCGUGGGCGUGAAGAGGAGGAGUGUCUGUCUGUGUCUGUGUGUCGUAACGCUGGGCGGUUUCCCCUCUCCCUGGCCAGUCAGUGUCAUUAUUAGCAUGUGAAUAACCAGGGUGUAUGUGUAUGAUUAUCUUUUUUAUGUCUUUUUGUUGAUUUAUCUAUUUUUCGAGGUUGAUGGUGUGGUCUGUCGGUGAGGAAGAGAAGAGGAGGAGGAGAAAUUAUUUGAUAAAUUGUCAACGAAAAUGUUUUCGAGUGUGCGUAGGCUAUACAGGAACUGAUUGUGUUUGUGUGUGUGAUUUGAGUUGUAAAGAUUAGAGAAUUGAUGUUUGUAAGUAUGUAUGUGUGUGUAUGUUUGUGUGUGUUUGUGUGAGUGUGUGUGUGUGUGGUGUGUGUGUGUGUGUGUUGUGUGUCAGUGUGUGUUUACACGUCCUAUGUGCACAUCUAAACCCAGACAUGAAACCUCAAAGACAGGUUGCGAUACGUCAACACUUUGUCUUGUAAGAGUGCCGCUGUCUGGCACCCCAGGCACCAUCGCACACUGACAGGUGUGGGAAUUUGUCGUCAAGGAACCAAUUAACUCUAGUUCUGCAAGUAGUUUUAAUACCCGUGCCAGGUCUGUUGACUGUGUGUAGUGAGGGUUCACUGUGUUCUAGGCAGGUGACAGUGUGUUUUAUUUCCAGGUGUGAUCCUAUAUUAGGUAUACUGACUGUUUCAUACCUCUUCAAGUACACUACAAAAAGCCAUUUUAAUGCUGAAGCUUUUCUUUGUUUUCGGUGAACAUAAACUGUAAUUGGAAGCUUU